GACAGCCCCCCUCCAGGCCACCUUCUCGGUGCGCGACCCCAUCUCGGCGGCGGCGUCUCGGCUCUUGCGCGCACCAUGCCGAUGCUCCUGGCUCUGCUGGCGCUGGCGGCGGCCGGGUGUCCGGCUUACGCUGCAGAUUCACACUGGUGCUACGAGAUUCAAGCCAAGAACAGCAAUUGCCACGGGCCCGACCAGUGGACCGGCGAUUGCCAGAAGUCCCACCAGUCCCCCAUCAACAUCGUCACCACCAAGGCAAAGGUGAACCAUGAUUUGGGACAGUUCUCCUUCUCUGGCUACAACAAGAAAGAAAAGCGUACUGCCACGAACAAUGGACACUCGGUGAUGGUGUUGCUGGGGUCCGAGGCCAGCAUUGCUGGGGGAGGCCUGGAUGUACCGUACCAGGCUACGCAGUUGCACCUGCACUGGUCCCAGGAGCAAGACAGGGGCUCCGAGCACAGCCUGGAUGGGGAACGCUUUGCCAUGGAGAUGCACAUUGUUCAUGUAAAGCAGGAGAAAUCCAACGAUGCUAGAAACAAGAUCGCAGUGCUGGCCUUCCUGGUGGAGGUAGGAGACCAGGUGAACAAGGGCUUCCAGCCGCUGGUGGAAGCGCUGUCCCAUAUCCCCAAACCGGACAUGAGCACCACAGUGAAUGAGACCAGCCUGCUGGACAUGCUUCCCGAGGAGAAGAAACUGAGGCACUAUUUCCGCUACUUGGGUUCGCUCACCACACCAAACUGUGACGAGACGGUCGUCUGGACUGUGUUCCAGGAGCCCAUUCAGCUCCACAAGGACCAGUUCCUGGAGUUCUCCCAGAAGUUGUACUAUGACAAGAACAAGACGCUGGCUAUGAAGGACAACGUGAGGCCCCUGCAGCGCCUGGGAGACCGCCAGGUGCACAGGUCGUCCAGGGCCCCAGCACAGCUGCUCUCCUGGCCGCUGCCCACCCUGCUGCUCCCCGCCACGCUCGCCUGCCUGAUGGCCAGCUUCCGCUGAUGACGGCUCACCUCUGGAUACCGACUUACUCUCAGUCCAAGGGGACUUGGUUUCCAUGCUUUAUACUUCGCAAGUUGGACAUCAGGGAUGAUUAAAAUAUGGAUAUAUUUUUGGAGAA